AUGACGGCUACUGAACAACGAACACCCGGUUUAUUUCCCCACCAAAAUGGUCGCACAUCUCCAACAACUGUUUCAUGUUUAUCAGCAAAUGUUGGUUCAAUAACAGAUUUUCUUUUUCCUCCAUCACAUUCCACAUUAACUUCUUCUCCAAACAUUCCUUCAAAUGAAAUUCAUCACUCACCAUCCGAUGAAUUUCAAUCAGCACUACCACAAAUUCUCAUACAUACCACAAGUGAAGAAUGUCUUGAUGUAAAUCAGGAAUCACCAAUGAAUACUACUCGAAUAUCAGUAUCUGAAAGUGAUAAUGAACCAUCUAGUGCUGGAAAUAAAGAAAAACUAGGGCAUCGUCGUGUUGAUGAAACUGGAACUGUAACUUAUAAACGUGUAGUGGUUGAUGAUCUUGUUAAAUCAUUACAAAUAGGUCUUAAUUAUGUUCUUGGUAAACAUCAUCAUCCACAACGACAAGUACUUUUACAAGAUUUUCAGCAAAUAGAAUAUCAAGAUUUUCCGCCGGAAGGUUCCAAAUCAACACCAAUGCAUCCAUAUGCUGAAUUUCAUUUAAAAACUUAUGCUCAAACAGCAUUUCGUUUUUUUCGUAAUGCCUUUGGUGUUGAUCCAUCAUCAUUUAUGUUAUCAUUAUGUGCUAAAGAUUUACGUGAAUUACCAAAUCCAGGUGCAAGCGGUUCUAUAUUUUAUAUAACAGCUGAUGAUACCUAUAUACUAAAAACAGUAUCAAAAAAAGAAGCUCGUUUUUUACUUAGUCUUCUACCGGGAUAUUAUAUGAAUUUAACACAAAAUCCAUUUACAUUAUUACCAAAAUUUUUCGGUCUUUAUUGUUAUCAAAGUGCAAAUAAAAAUAUUCGUUUUGUUAUAAUGAAUAAUUUAAUUCCAACUAAUGUUAGAUUACAUGAAAAAUAUGAUUUAAAAGGAUCAAUAUAUAAACGAAAAGCAUCAGAAGAAGAACGUAAACGUGAUUUACCAACAUUAAAAGAUAAUGAUUUUAAAUCAAUAAAUUUACAUGGUUUAAUAUUAGAACCAUUUUUUCAUGAUCAAUUAAUACAAACAAUUGAAGAUGAUGUUCGAGUUCUAGGUAGUUUUGAUAUUAUGGAUUAUUCACUUUUACUUGCUGUUCAUAAUAUAACGGAAGAAAUGAAAUCAAAACUAAGUUUACCAUCACUAACACCAUCAUUAUUAUCAUCACCACCAACAACAUGUAAACGUACAUCAUCAUCAUCAGAUUUAACAGCAAAUUCUUCAUCAAGUAUUCAUGAAGAAUUACGAACAACAACAUCAACCGAUUCAGGUAUAACUAUGACCACAAUACCAAAUCUUCCAACGUAUAUACAAUAUAUACGUGUUAUUGAAUUUAUUCGUACACAACAAGAACCAUCAUUACGACCAUCAUCAUUAUCAAAUGCUGAACAUUCUUUAAGUGAUAAUAUUGACACAGCAAGUAUUAAAACAGUUAAACCAGAAUCAUCACCAUUUCAAAUAAAUGUACAUCAACAAAUAUCUGAUACACAAACAAUAGUUCGUCGAAAUAGUAAGAGUCCAAUAAAUCGUCAUCAUGAUGCACCAUCACCAAAUCAUGUAACUAAUGCCUUAAUUGGUGGUGAUCUUUGGUACAAUCGUCAAAAUCUUUCACGUCUUGCUAUGGCUGGCAUUCCAGCUGUUAAUAAAAAUGGUGAUUUAUUAUUGUUAUAUGUUGGUAUCAUUGAUAUUCUACAAAAUUAUCGUUUACGUAAAAAACUUGAACAUGCAUUUAAAUCAACAUUAGUUACUCGAGAAGAAAUAUCUGUUUGUAAUCCAAGCCAUUAUGGUGAUCGUUUUGUCAGAUUUCUAUCACACAAAGUAUUCCGUAAAGGGGGUCCAAAUGGCAAUGCAUUACUGUCGGAUACUCAGUCAAAUACAGAUCGAAUUACAUUGCAUAGUAGUAGGUUAUUAAAUGCUUCAUCAUAUCGUUCUCAAACAAGUGACGAUAAUUCUUCAAUAGCGAAUAAUAACAAUGAAAUGCAUAGUAUCAAAUCUUGA